UCUUCUGCGGGUCUACACCCCUGGCCCCCACUUCUCCGACCCCACACGUCUCCUACUGGUUUCUGGGAAGCCCCUUGUCCGGGUUUCAUGGCCCUCUCACCCGGGGGUACCCUGAGUGUGGAGGCCCUGGACCGCUCAGACUCUGACCCGCUGGACGAGGAGCCCUGGCAGGUCACCACCUGUGAAAUCCUCCUGGAGCCGGACACAGAGCACAGCAUGGAUGUCAUCCUGGUGGGCUCCAGCGAGCUGUCAGCGCCGGCUUCCCCUGGGCCCUGCAGAGAUCUUCUUGCAUAUGAAGUCAAGGUUAACCAGAGAGACAUAGAAGACAUGUGCAUCUGCUGUGGGAGCUUCCAGGUGCACACACAGCACCCUCUGUUUGAAGGGGGGAUGUGCGCUCCGUGCAAGGACAAGUUUCUGGACUGCCUCUUCCUAUACGACGAUGAUGGGUACCAGUCAUACUGUUCCAUCUGCUGCGCGGGAGAGACGCUGCUUAUCUGCGAAAACCCCGACUGCACCCGAUGCUACUGCUUCGAGUGCGUGGACACGCUGGUCGGCCCCGGAACCUCAGGGAAAGUUCAGGCCAUGAGCAACUGGGUGUGUUUCCUGUGCCUGCCCUUCCCCCGCAGCGGGCUCCUGCACAGGAGGAGGAAAUGGCGGGGCUGGCUGAAGGCCUUCUGUGACCGCGAGGCCAUAUUUAUAGGGCCAGUGACGGGGUCUGAGGUUAAACAUUGGUUCACCUACGUGCAGUUUGGAGUGAGCUGCAUUUCCAUGUUCUCAUGUUUCUAUGUCGUCAAGGAGCCUGGGCUAUCCGACGUUUCCACCCCACAGGCCGACCCGGUGACCAUCCAGGACGUCUGUGGCCGGGCCGUCCAGAACGCCGUGCACGUGUGGAGCAACAUCCCAGCUGUGAGAAGCAGGCACUCUGGCCCGGCUUCCCGCGAGGAAUUGACCCUGCUGGCUCAGGACAGGCAGAGAACAAAGGCCCCCGCCCAGGGGCCCACUAAGCUGGUGAAGAAUUGUUUUCUCCCCCUGAGAGAAUAUUUCAAGUAUUUUUCAACAGAACUCACUUCCUCUUUAUAAAUGAUUUAUUUUACUAUGAAGAAAAAAAGACUUUUCCUAGAACCAGGCAACUUUCCUUACAUUGUUUCUUUUUUCCUUUCCAAAUUAUUAUUUUAUUUGCUUGACUUCGGAUUUCCCAAGGUUGCCACAGACGUGUCUUCCCUUUGGGUGUGGUGGUGCAGGGCCCCGGCCCUACGGUGCCCUUCUGGGGAGGGAGGCGUGGGUGAAGUUCGCAGCCCCUGACCGGGGACACCACCCUGAUGUUAUGAAGCAUAUUUGCUGCUGAAAAUGUUUCUGCGUGCCUGUUGAGAAGUUAAAAAUAUAUUUAUUGUGGUC